AUGGUGGUGGAGCUGAGAGUGCUGCUGACUGUCACCCAGAGUGAACUACAGAAAAUGGAGGCUGAAAAUGCAGCUGUGAAGACUGAAGUGAUGAACCUAAAGAUGGAAAAUGCAGCACAAGAGACAGAGUUGGCCGUACUGAAAAUCAGACUGGCCGCCACCGAGACUGACAUGGAGCACCAAGAGACCAGACUGGCUAUCACUGAGACUGAUGUAGUGAAUCUGGAGAAAGAGAUCACAGAUCAACCCAAGGUGGCAUUCUCAGCAGCUCUGCCUGACUCAGGAUACAUAGAGUCUGGGAAUACUGAGCUGAACUUGGUCUUCACUAAAAUCAUCACCAAUAUUGGACAGGCCUACAGCAGCACAACAGGCUUCUUCACAGCUCCAGUCAGGGGAGUCUACUACUUCAGAUUCACUGUCAGGGAUGACCUAUCUUCACGCUAUAUGAGUAUCAUGAUGUAUAAGAAUGGAGAGCAGGUCAUGCGAUUAGGAGAGUAUGAUACUGAUGGAAUGCCCUCCUAUCUGUCCAGUGGUGCUACUCUGCAGCUGGAGGAGGGAGAUGUAGUUAACAUGCGACUCCCUGCAGGCUACAGGCUCUAUGAUAAUGCUAAUAAUCUCAGCACCUUCAGUGGCUUCCUGCUCUUUCCUCUCUGA